CUCCAAUGUAGCGAAUGCAAAAUGUAAUAAGAUGUCCUUUAACCGCACUACAAAUGUUCCAGAUUAUGGUUCAACAGACACUAGGUAUGGUGGUACACGCAAUAAUCGACCUCAACCCAGAUCAAAUUUUGACAUUAAUCUCUAUCACCAACUCUGUGACGAUAUAAGUUGCAACAUAUUUUCUAUAAAUAAUAAUGCUCUUGAGAAAGCAUCAAAGGAAGUUGGAACUCCAACAGAUACUCCUUUGCUUAGAGACAAAAUACAUAAUACCAGGCAAAGUACAAAAGAUCUGGUAUCUAUUACCACUCAACGUUUGAAAGAUCUAACAAAUAUUGUUACUAAAGGAGCCAGAGAGCAUAAACUUCAAGCAGAGAGAGUUAGAAAUGAGUUUGGAGCUACUGUUCAACGAUAUGAUACUUUGCAAAAGCAAUUGGAUCCUAAGAUGAAGCAGGCUGUACUACAAAAUCAAAAUGUUAGUAGAAAUGUAUGGGACGAAGAAGAUGAUGAAGAUCAACAAGCUUUAGUUCAAGCUGAAAGAAUACAGCAAUAUCAAAUACAAGAAGAGUUAGAAUUCGAACAAGGCUUACUGCUUGAAAGAGCAGAAAAAAUUAGGCAAAUUGAAGCAGAUAUGUUAGAUGUCAAUGUAGUAUUUAGAGAUUUAGCUGCAAUGGUACAUGAACAAGGCACUACUAUAGGUUCCAUUGAAGAAAAUAUAACUACAGCUGCUUACAAUGUUGAAGAAGGAGGGGAACAACUUUUAAAAGCAAGAAAUUAUCAGGCAGCUUACCGAAAGAAAUUGUGUUGUUUUGUUGUAAUUCUAGUAGUCAUUGCAGUCAUUCUAGCUAUAAUUGUAUCAGUAUCUUUAAACUCAAAAUAAGUGCAGUAAUUAAAAUUUUAGAUUAUUAUGUUUUACAAACCAAAUAUAGUCAUGCAACUGUGAUACUAUUGCACUUAAAGCUCUCAUUAUAUUGUUUAACUUUUAAGUUUAAUUUCUUUUUGCUUGUUAAGUUUUAUAUUGUUACUAAACCUAAAUGUGUUUCUUUUCAAAUAAUAAUAAUUUUUACUUACAAAAUGUCAUUGCAUUAAUAUUGGAUUAGCAAUUUCUUUCUCUACUAUCUUUUCUCAUAAGUGUAAAUUUCUAAGCCCUAUUUAUUUUUAAAGAAUAAGUAAAAACCAUUUUAGAUGAGUUUUAAAUUUUGGUGAAUUUUUUAUCACAAAUUUUAAAAACAGUUAAUUGAGAUAAGUAGUAAGAUG